GCAAAAGUGGUGUGAGCUUAAUUUGAUGUAUGUAUGAGUGUGUGUCUUGGGUGUUUCAUAACCACACAUCCUAUUUAAUUAUUUUACAUAAAUUGAUUAUAUAAAAUAAAUUUUAAUAAUGCAAAGCAGUGUAAUAAAUAAUGUGGCUUCAACAUUAAAGCCCUUGGUUUUAAAAAAAUGUCACACAGCUUUACCAGCUUUAGCCAGUUGGACAUAUCGAAAUUAUUCUUCAAGUCAUGAUGCCGAUGUUGUCGUUAUUGGUGGCGGACCUGGGGGCUAUGUUGCCGCUAUUAAAGCUGCACAGUUGGGACUUAAAACGGUAUGCGUGGAGAAAAAUGAAACACUUGGAGGAACAUGUUUGAAUGUUGGAUGUAUCCCAUCAAAAGCUUUAUUAAACAAUUCUCAUUACUAUCAUAUGGCACAUUCUGGUGACUUGGCAAAUCGUGGAACAAUUGUAAGUGGAGUGCAGUUAAAUUUAGAUGCUUUGAUGGAUUCCAAAAGUAAAGCAGUAAAAGCUUUAACAGGCGGUAUAGCUGGUCUAUUUAAAAAGAAUAAAGUGACAUGGGUGAAUGGUCAUGGUAAAAUCACUAGUGCCAAUCAAGUAACCGCCACCAAAGCCGAUGGUAGUCAAGAGGUUGUCAAUGCUAAAAAUAUAAUUAUUGCAACUGGAUCUGAAGUCACACCAUUUCCUGGUAUUACAAUUGAUGAAGACACUAUUGUUUCGUCAACCGGUGCAUUGUCUUUGAAACAAGUGCCUAAAAAAUUAGUUGUUAUUGGAGCUGGUGUAAUUGGAUUAGAAUUGGGAUCUGUCUGGGGUCGAUUAGGUGCAGAGGUUACUGCAGUUGAAUUUAUGGACACUAUUGGAGGCAUGGGAAUUGAUAAUGAGGUAUCAAAAUCUUUCGAAAAAAUUCUUGUAAAACAAGGAUUUAAAUUUAAAUUAGGAACAAAAGUAACCGGUGCAGAAAAAAGUGGCAAUGGAAUCAUUGUAACAAUUGAAGAUGGAAAAGACGCUAGUAAAAAAGAUCAAUUGGAAUGUGAUGCAUUGUUGGUAUGUGUUGGCCGGCGACCAUAUACAGAAGGAUUAGGAUUGUCCGAAUUAGGUAUUCAAGUUGAUAAUAAAGGUCGCAUUCCAGUUAAUGAACGAUUCCAAACAGUGAUUCCAAGUAUAUACGCUAUUGGUGAUUGUAUUCCUGGACCAAUGUUAGCUCACAAAGCUGAAGAUGAGGGUAUCAUUUGUGUGGAAGGUAUUCAAGGUGGUCACGUUCAUAUCGAUUACAAUUGUAUACCAUCUGUAGUUUAUACGCAUCCAGAAGUUGCAUGGGUUGGACACACAGAAGAAUCAUUGAAGAAAGAAGGUAUUGAAUACAAAGUGGGUAAAUUUCCAUUCUUGGCUAAUUCACGAGCAAAAACCAAUAACGAAACAGAUGGAUUUGUUAAAGUACUAGCAGAUAAGAAUACAGAUAGAAUUUUGGGUACACACAUUAUUGGUCCAGGUGCUGGAGAGUUAAUUAAUGAGGCUGUAUUGGCACAAGAAUAUGGUGCAUGUGCUGAAGAUGUUGCGCGAUCAUGUCAUGCUCAUCCGACAUGUUCUGAAGCAUUAAAAGAAGCAUAUGUAGCAGCUGCAUUUGGAAAACCUAUUAAUUUCUAAAAUAUUUAAAUAAAAAAAAUAUAUUGGAAAUUCAUUUUUUUUAAAUAAAUAAUAUUUAUUAGAACAAUAAUGUAUGGUUACGUUGUAUUACCGCCAGGUAUCAUCUAGAUAAAAUCUCUUGUACAUAGAAACAAAAAACAAUGUUGUUUUAAUAAUUAAAAUAAUGUAUUGUUUUUUUUUAUUUUUAUCAUUUUAAUUUACAAUAAUAA